AGCUGAUAGAAGAAAAUGGCCAUUUAUGUGAAAUCUUCUAAUUGCUGUAUGGUAAUCCAUUCAGGCGAGGCAGCUCUAAUACUGAUUAGGCAUGGUGAAUCUUGGAACGAGAAGAACCUGUUCACGGGUUGUGUUGAUGUUCCAUUAACAAAGAAGGGUGUGGAAGAGGCAAUUGAAGCUGGUAAGAGAAUCAGUAACAUACCUGUCGACAUGAUAUAUACAUCAGCCCUGAUUCGCGCACAAAUGACUGCUAUGCUCGCCAUGACCCAGCAUCGUCGUAGAAAGGUGCCAAUAGUUAUGCACAAUGAGAGUGAGCAGGCAAGGGCAUGGAGUCAAAUCUUUAGUGAUGACACAUUAAAGCAAUCCAUUCCAGUUAUAACAGCUUGGCAAUUAAAUGAAAGAAUGUACGGGGAAUUGCAAGGUCUGAAUAAGCAGGAAACAGCAGACAGAUUUGGAAAAGAAAUUCACGAGUGGAGGAGAAGUUAUGACAUACCUCCACCAAACGGUGAGAGUUUGGAAAUGUGCGCUGAAAGAGCUGUUGCUUAUUUUAAAGAUCAGAUUGAACCCCAGCUUCUUUCUGGGAAGAAUGUGAUGAUUGCUGCCCAUGGGAACUCGUUGAGGUCCAUUAUUAUGUAUCUGGACAAAUUAACCUCCCAAGAGGUCAUAAGUUUAGAACUAUCAACCGGAAUACCUAUGCUUUACAUUUUCAAAGAGGGCAGGUUUAUUAAGGGAAGCCCUGCAGCACCAACUGAGGCUGGGGUCUAUGCAUAUACUAGGAGAUUAGCUCAAUACAGGCAGAAGUUAGAUGAGAUGUUGCAUUAGUACGUCAAACAAUUGGACUGCCUAUCACCGUACCACAAUCCUGGAUUCCCGGUGUCAAAGAUCAAAGUAAGAAAAUGAAAGAAAGCUUGCAUGCGAUGUCUACCACUGGAAGCAACUGUGUCUAUCUGUUUUAUGGAUCUCUAGAGUCUACUUGUUUCGCGUCCUUGCCCGUGUUCCUUUCAGGGUAUAUAUGUGAGUAACUGAGAGUUAGUGAUGUUCAAUUCCUGUGAUAGAUAGACUCAACUAAGAGGAUUUUUAAUGUAAGAUGUUAACCUUUUUUAGCUGUUACAAAUUUGAUAUAGUAACAGGAAGAGUAAAUUUCUAGUUUUGCUCUUUGCUUUCUGUGGGAAUACCGGAUACGAAUAGUGUCGGUGCAUUGAGAAAUGAGAAGUAAAAGGAGGUUUUCUUGUUUUACAACAACAAA